AUGGAUGUGCUAAAAGAACAGCUAUGUAAAAGAGGUGUUCGUAUUUUGACUGGAUUGAGAAAAUACCUUCAACAAUUGGACAAGGAAGGAAAUGGACUUUUAGAUAAGGCAGAUUUCACAGGGAGAAAAAAAGUAUUUCACUUAGAAGUGUCCAAAAAUGAUUUUGAGUCUUUGUGGCUAAUUCUAAAUGGUUAUGGCAGCAAGGUUGAUUACAGAGAAUUCAAGCAUACCGUUAUAGGUGAAAUGAAUGAAUACAGAAAAUCAUUUGUUCAAAAGGCCUUUAUGAAAAUGGAUUUUAACAAAACAGGCAGUACGUCUGUUAUAGACAUAAGAAAAUGUUAUUGUGCAAAGAAGCAUCCUUAAGUAAUUUCAGGACAUUCCACAGAGGAAGAAAUCAAAACAUCUUUUCUAGAAACACUGAAAGAUGCCUGCAGUAAGUCUGAUGAAGUGUCGUAUGGUGAAUUUGAAGAUCACUAUGAAGGUCUAAGUAUAGGGAUAGUAGAUGAUGAAGAUUUUGUUAAUAUCUUACAUACUCCAUGGGGGAUCUAGUUUUUUAAAAUGAGUAUAUCAUCAGUACUAAGCAUUUUAAAGGAGAGAUGAAUUGAAUUUAAAGUAUCAAACACUGGAAUGUAUUUUUCUAGGGCUCUCAUUAUUCUGUUUGUUUGUUGUUUUCUCAAAAAAGUUGAACCUGGAAAGAGAGGUAUUCAGAAAGAUAGGUGUAAGGGUAUGUGUAUACUCACACACAUAUACGAGCGCUCGCCUGCUUAUAAGUUUAUAAAGAUCUGUCUUUCUGAUUUAUUACUUAUCUUGAAUAAGUAAUUAUUCAAGUUAUUUUAGUAGGUCAUAUUUUAUUAGCCUUCAUAGAAAAGUAACAUCUGUAUCAAACAAUAGGUGAGCAGCUAUACAGUAACCACGUUUCUUGUCCAUUGAUUUUUUUUGCUACCCAUUCCCCAAAAUAUAAUUGCCACCAUUCCCAAUUUGAUGAACUAGACUUGGACCCAAAGCCUAUGAGACUGAAAUAGUUCAGCUUGCUUCAAACAUCUGAAAAUGUUAAAUGAAUUAAAGGAUAUGCAAAAGAAACUUUCCAUGCAGUGUGAUUAUAGAUGUUUUCUGUACAUAAAUAUUUAGAAUGGUGGAGGCUUACCCCUCAAAUGCUUAUUUAAACACUGACUUGUGAAUUCUUGUCUUCCAAAUCAUGUACUAUUGCUUGUUCAAUAGAACACAAUGUAAUUAUUCUGGUGACCAGUUCUAUUUGUUAUUUUAUUCUGUUUUUAACUGCAAUUCCUAUUACCUGCACAGAAUUAUUAUUAAACUAGAAACAAUACAAAAUGGGAAGAGAAAUAUUUUCUUAGAAUAUUAAAUAAAGAACUCAAAAAGUAUGUUAUCACUUGUAUGGACUAAGGGAUAAUUUAGUAAUUAUUAACCAAAAUGUAAAAAGUUCAUCUGUGUCCUAAAAUGAACGCAUGCUAUCCUAAAUAACACCUCUUUUUGGUAUACUAAACAACUGAAACAUUUUUUUCAAAAUAGAUCUUAUGUAACAGUUAGAUGUAAUCAUUCUUUAUAAAUUCUUCUAUGUUCCUCACAUCUCUUUGGAAAUGCAGAGAGAAAGAAAAAACUUUAUAGAGUUAUUUUCAAGUUUAUGAUUUAAAAUUUUAUGUAUUAAGAUAAAACAAACUAUAAAACAUAGUGUCAAGCAAAAUAAGAAGUGGUUCAAAAAUGAAAAUACAUAUUGUGUAGAAUAUGAAUUUUGGCAUAUAACUUCAUAUUUUGACAACAUUAUCAGAAAUGUGAUGUGCGUGAGCCCCAUAAAUUUAAAGUAGUACUUUUUCAAGAUUCGAGGAGGUACUAAAACUUUCUACUGAAAUAUUAGAAACAAAGUAUACCUGGACAUUUUAGUGCUAUUUUCUCUAGCUAAAUUCU